AUGGAAAAGGAGUCAUUAGAGCUAAAACAUGAAGAAAGUCCUGUUUUAGAAAAUACUCUGGUGGAAAACACUGAAACAACUGAGGAUCCAACAGAGGCAGCAAGUGCUCAGGUUGGGGAGGAAGAAUCUGAAGCAACUGAACCUCUUAACAUCUCAGAAGGUGUUGAGGAUGAUGUGGUCAAGCAGGGUUCACAGCUGACAGAAGACAUGUCUAUUGCUGAGACAAGUGAAGCACAGAUAGCUGAAACCGAGUUUGGGCAACAUAUGAUAACAGAAGAGGAGGAUGGAAUAGAACCCCUUAUAAAUGAGACCUUGGAGGACACUGAGGGUCCUGAAAUAGGACAUUUUAUUGACGAUCUUCUAUCUCGUGAGGACACUGAGGAGGAAGAGGAGGAGGAUAGACAUCCAGCUGGUCCUGACCCAGAGAGAGAGAGGACCAGCCCUCCUAAUGAAUCAACGGUGCCUGCAGAAGAAGAGGAGACUGGCCUCAACAUCAACACUACAGAAUAUAUGGCCCUGCUACCUGAACUACAGGCUGAGAGUGAAACACUCAACAAGCUAAAUGGUCAGCUGCAGACCAAAAUAGCAGAAUACCUCAGUAAGAAGGCAGGUGAUAAACAUCCCAGACUGGACGGAGAUAUCUCAGACCAGGAGCAGUACCAAAAGUACCUGGAUCUCAUGGAGGAGCUAAAAGUGCAGCACCACCGUGUCUCAGAGCUCCACCAACAGCGGACUGAGGAGCUCCGCCAGCAGAGCUUAGAGAAACUGAAGCAGGUGGAGCACGAGCUGAGAUCCCUAGCUGCACUGAAAUAUGAAGCUGCUGUGACAGCACUGACCGGUAAGGUGGGCAAACAGGCAGCACUGGCAAAGGUGGAGAAGCUGCAGUCAGACGAACUGAAGCAGGAAGACAAGCUGGCAUCCGUGCGUCUCAACAACAUCAAGCUCAAGAACAAAAUAUGUCAGCUUGAGACGGAACUUAAAUCCAAGCGUGAGCUUGCUGAUGGCUUGCUGCUGAUGGACUUUGAGCAGCUCAAAACAGAGAACCAGACAUUUAAAGACAAGCUGAAGGAGCGCAGCGAGGAGCUACUUAGGCUGAAAAGGAAGGUUGCCUGCUCCGUGCAGGGCAUUUCCCAUGUGAAAGAGAAGCUGCAUUUCAUGCAGAUGGAGAAUAAGGUCAAACACACUCAACUGGUGAAGACAGACACAUUGGUGGCUCUUAAACGUGAAGUGCUGACACGUACUCGACAGGCUCGUGACGGCCUGCGUGCAGACAACCUUAAGCUGCAGCAGCGCUGUGGCCUGCUGGGAAACACCACACUGCUGCAGGACUUUGAGGAGAAGGUAGACACCUCUGAAUGCCUGCAGCAGAGACUAGAGAUGUUGAAGAGACGUCACGCUGAGCUCACGCUGAAGUGUGCUGGAGUCAAGCAGAAGAUCGAGCAAAGCAAACCAGAGGGCCAGUGACAACA